UUAAAUAAGGUAAGUGAAGGGUAAAGUCAAAGAGGGCGUCACGAGUGUUCUUCCCUUACCAUCAAAAGUGAUCAAAAGCGAACAGUGUCUCUGGAUAGAGAGGUAUCCUCUCUCCAACUGAUCGUUCCGUUUCGUAAAACAGCAGCGCCAUUCCACCAGGUGAAUGGUAUUCACUUACUUCGAAACGUCGUCUCGUGUUUUCUUAUCCAGCUUGACUACUUCUCGGAAGUAUAGUCGCGAGUAUUUGAUCGAGCCUAAUUAAUCGAUAGGAAACAACAGGAAACUAGGAAUCACUUGGGAAUUACGAGGUUCGAUAGAACCUUGGGGAAGAGUUUCCUUUAAUUCAAAGAAGUGCUGAAGUCAAUUUAUUCGUUGAAGUAAUUUCAAAAUAAAAAUUGUAAUGGUUGCUGGACGUGCAUUACAUUUUGUAUUCAAAAUCGGUGACCGAAAAUUGACGGCCAAGUUUUAUCGCGAAGUUCUUGGAAUGAAGGUAUUAAGGCACGAGGAGUUCGCAGAUGGUUGUGAAGCAGCUUGCAAUGGUCCAUAUCGGAACCGUUGGAGCAAGACUAUGAUUGGUUAUGGCCCAGAAGAUACACAUUUUGUUAUCGAGUUAACGUACAAUUAUGGCAUCAGCUCGUAUGUACCUGGAAAUGAUUUUCGUGGUAUUACUAUCCGUUCGAAAGAGGUACUCGAGAGAGCUCGCUCUGGUGGCUGUUCCGUUAACAAAGAAAAUGGAAAGUAUGCCUUAGAAGCACCGGGUGGUUAUAAAUAUUACAUUAUCGAUGAACCUCAGCCAAAGGAUAAAGAUCCCGUGGAAAAGAUAACACUCUCUAGCUCUAAUUUACAACGUAGUAUCGCAUAUUGGAAAGACACAUUAGGAAUGAAGGUAUACAGUGAACAAAAUAAAUCGGUGCUUCUUGGUUAUGGUGAUAAUCAAGUAAAACUCGAAUUGGAAGACAUAGGCACUGAAGUGAAACACGAAACAGCUUAUGGGCGAAUAGCCUUUGCAGUUCCAUUUUCAGAACAACCUCUGAUUCAAAAACAAAUCAAAGAAAGUGGAAAUGAAAUUUUGACAGAUUUAAUAUCUCUUGACACUCCUGGAAAAGCAACCGUGCGAGUUAUCAUUCUUACCGAUCCUGAUGGGCAUGAAAUCUGUUUCGUCGACGAAGAAGGGUUUAGACAACUAUCCGUUCCAGAUUAUCCUAGCGAGGCAAUAUUAGAUAGAUUUAUUAAAAAACAAGAGAACAAAGAAAAUUCUACCGCGUGAAAAUGAAAGAAUGGAAAAAAAUGAAAAGAUUCAUCGUUGAUCGUUGAAUCUUCUUAAUUUGGUAUUAAAAAAAUGAUAUUCAUGAAAUUAUAUUUGGUGAAGUCCAAAUCACAUCGUGAUACUGAUUGUUUUUUACAUCGAUAUCUACAAUUAUUAGUUAUUAUUUAAGAGAGUAUUUUGAGGAGAUAACGUAAAUAUCGGCCAAGUGGUUAACAUGGUGUAAAGAAGAAAUAGGACUGGUAAUACGGGAUUGGUAAUAGAGGGUAGUAUUAAAUGGAUUUUAUUGGCAGCUUAUUUUGUUAGAAAUGUUGAAAAUAAAUAGGAGAAAAAAAAA